CAAAUUGUUUUUUAAAUUAUUAAACACCGUCCAUUUAAAUCGAACUUCGAUUCGAUUACCUUAACCACACAAUUCGCAUUUCACCACACCAUAUCAAAUCGUUGAUCUCGCCUGAUAUUUUACACCUCUUUCGUGUAAUCAAAAUAAUAUUCCAUUAAAUUAAUAAUUCAUUACGAUUAUUACGAUUUAAGUAUCACAGUUAAAUCGUGAACGAGAAGAAAUAUUCGUGUUUCAUUCGUAAAAUAAAGUAUUUCCCAUUUUUAUAAUGAACUUUCAAUGAAAAAAGUACACCGGUGUUAAAAAUGUUUCGGUGAGGCAGCUGAUUCAAAGAUGGCCGGUGAUAUUCUGAUACAAACAAAAUAGUAGUGCUCUAAAAUUUGCUCAUCUCCAAGAAUAAGAAACUAUAUGAUGUAAAAAAGGGAGAAUUUAUCUUGAUAAAAUAAUGGCUUACGAGCAACAUAAUAUGACGGGAUACGUUUAUCCUGAACAUCAAUCGCAACCAAAUCUUCAAACCGAUGAGAAUAGAAACGAAAACGAUUGUGGAAAUAAGGAAAUAUGUCCAACGAUAACACGUCAAUCGUCUGGAACACAAACUGUUCAAAAAGUCGAUGCAUCGACAAUGACAGAUCCAUUGCAAAUAGAUUUUAAAUUAACCUCGGAAUAUUUGGCAGCUCGUUGUGCGGCAAAUAACAGUUUGAUUCAUAAUUGUCAGGAAAUUCGACCUAAAAUUGAAUACGACGUUAAAUCAUCAUCACAUGGUAUGUUAAUUUAUCACUGUCCAGAGUGCGCCUACAGAUUUGAGGAUCGUGAAACACUUCACGAGCAUUUGGAGGAUCACAGACAACGUUCUCACAUUUGUGAUAUUUGUGGUGCAAGUUUAAAGCGCAAGGAGCAUCUCGAUCGUCACAAACAAGGUCACAAUAAAGAUCGGCCAUACCAAUGCAGUAUGUGCUGCAAAUCAUUUAAGCGCAAUGAACAUUUGGCACGUCACGUCAUCAUUCAUUCUGGUAGUAAAAAUCAAAUAUGCACCGAAUGUGGAAAGGCAUUUUUUCGCAAAGAUCAUUUAAAGAAACAUCUACAAAGCCACAAUAACAGCAAUAAAAAUAAAAAUGUGAGUAACAAUCAGAAUCCACCAAGUGGACAAAAUGGCCUCAACAACUUUGCUCUCAUGAUGAGACAGGCUGGACCUUCUCCUUUUUCUAUUCUACGAACAUAAAAAAAAACAAGAAAAAAUUCUCGAAACAUUUUUCACUACUCAAAGACAAGAAAAAAGUAGAUAAUUCGAUUUCUUUUUAUUUUUUAUCCAAAAAGAAAGGAUAUUUCUUUAAAAAAAAAAGAAGCGUCAAGUUUGUUAAUUUAAAAAUUGUUAAUUUUUUUAUUUUAUAACUAGAGUAGAUACACGAUUUAUAUUUGAAAUAAUUAUAAAUACUUUUUGUUUUUGUUUUCUAUAAACUUGUUAGAUAAUAAGUAAUUGAAGCUUGAAUCAAGUUAUCAGCAAAACUAUUUAAAAGUAAUUAAAAAAAAGCAAUGAACGUUUAAAUAAUAAUCAAACGAUUACUAAACAAAAGGCUUUAAAUGAAAAAUGUAAUCAGAUAAAUAUUCAGACGUUUACUAUUGAUUUUAUUCUUUUUUUCAAAAAAAAAAAAAAAAAAAAGUGGAUAGUUUUGCUUCUACUCAAAAAUGAGAUCUAAUUUCAUAUUUGCCAGUAGAUAAAAGAAAAGUGAAAGUAAUUUAGGCGUAUUUAUUACAUCUUUAUAUAGACUUAUAAAAUUUACGUAUUAAUAAUUGUUGUGUUGCGAAGUCGAUGUAAAUCGACGUUUUUUUUAUAAAAUUUAGAAAUAAAUAAAAUAUUAACUUGAA